AUGACUGGAGAUAACAAGACUUACGUAUCUAACGGACAAGUACUUGGAGGACCACCGGUCUCCGUUCGCAUCUCGCGCUUCUUCGAGUCUGUCUAUAUCUUUUUCGGUCUUUACUUUACAACCCUUCUCUCGUUCGAUCCCUAUACCACCGCGCAAAACUCGCAGUUCAACAUUUCCCGCAGAGGAGGUAGAUUGGGAGGUAACAGCUACGGAUCUGGCGGGGGUGGCGCAGGAGGUCCCGGUGGUCCUGGAGGUCCUGGGCCAAGAACAGGAAGGCUUGGGCGGGUGGAUGAUAUUCGGGGACCGGAGUGUGGUUCUUGCCGAGGAUGA